UCAAGGGAUGCCGUCUCAGAAACACGCCCUCACACCAGAACAACAAGCGUUGUCUGAAGCGCGCAAACAGAAGAGAGCAGAGGCCGCAGCAUUGGCUGCCGCUAGGCCCGCUACUGCGUCAUCUAGCGUUUUUCAGUCUUCAAUACUUCCGAGAAGAUUCCUUUCCGUGAGCGCUCAAACAAUGAACUCAUCGGAACAAAUAACAAUCAUGUCAUGGAAUGUCGGUAGAAAACUGGAUCCACUGCCUGACUGAUUAGAAACUUCUGUACUGAUGCAUUUUGUCAAGAUGCUUGCACAGUGUCUUGUUCGUCGAGAGCUCUUCCCGACCAGUGACUGCCUAAAGGCACAUCAGCGGGAAGGUAUGCUUUUUGAAGAAAUUACUCGGUCUGGAGCAGACAUCAUAUGCUUGCAGGAAGUCGAUCGUCUGGAAAAGAUCGGUCCCGCGCUUGACUCGGCGAACUAUGGAUUUACUUACUCCUCUGGUCCUCGGAAGAAGCACGGAUGCAUUAUCGCAUAUAGGAAAGACGCUUUUGACAAGGUUGUGGAUAACACGGUCUUCUAUGACGAUGUAAAUGUUCGCGCGGAGGCCGUUAAUGAACGAUCUCGGAAAGCCUCUAGCUUCCGAACAAAGAACAUCGGGCUGAUCCUUGCAUUGAGAAGACGAGAAGAUACGAGUCGGAUCAUUGUUGUGGCGACAACACAUUUAUUCUGGCACCCAAAAUACACUUACGAGAGGGCAAGACAGACUUUGAUCCUAUUACGCUCUACCUGUAAUUUCAAGGAAGUGAAUGGUUUCCAGGACGCGCCCAGCUUCAUUGCUGGAGAUUUCAACUUUAAUCCCUCAGAUGCAGCCUACUCCUUAAUGGUUGGCGACGCUCUUACUCCUGAGCAAGAAGCGGAUAUCACCUUCUCGCACGUCGUUCACGUGAGCCUCGACCCCUCUGUACCAAUUGUAGACCCUAAGCAGGUCACUGAAGACGAGGAAGGCGGAGAAGCUGACCCAGAGAACGAUCCUGAUCGGGUUAUCAAGAACGCGCGACCAGCAAGACGCGAUGACGGACUGCUCUCACCAAGUGAAUUGACCGAACUGUUUGGUCAACUGCCGUCCUUGAGGAGUGCAUACGACGAGUGGGGGUUGACUGACGAAAGGAGGAUAUUCGGGGCUCGGGUGGACGUACCGCCUGAUAGGCGUGGACGCCAUGAACCCAAGUAUACCAGUUAUACACAUUACUGGAAAACAACCUUAGACUACAUCUUCGUUAUGGUCCCGCCUGGACGCACUUUCAAGGUUCUUGGUGUAUUAGAGCCUCCACUUGUAGAAGAUCUCGGCACUGGUCUGCCUCGGAAGGGCGUUUGUGGUAGCGAUCACCUUUCAGUUCGCGCUCACGUAGCCUGGCCACUAGAAUCGGACAGCUCAUAAUGACAUAGAUUAGCAUCUAGAUAUAGAGGAACGUGUAUGUAGGUGAAGGGUAUCGAAGAAAACGAACGUAGGCGCCGAUAGAAAACACGACAAUUUGAAUAAUGCAAUCCUAAUGCUAAAGGAAAAGUAGCAAAAAAAAAAGAUGAAUGAACACAUUUCCCCAAAUGAAAGGGUAUUACGAAGCUAUCCUAAUCCUCUCCAAAAGGUCCGUUGUCUGGGAAAUUUUUCAGAAAUAGAAACAGAAGAAAAGAGCGAGCGAUGUCGUAUUUAAUCGACAGAUAUGUAAACAUGAACUUGUCCCAUUGAAGAUAGCGAUUGAUAGAUGUUUAACCCCUGAACCCACCACGAUCCGAACCGGAAAGCAACAUAUCGUAAAGUCCUCCGGCUGACUUCUCGUUUCGCAGCUGAAUCAUGUAGAUGAUCCCUGUGCGUGCGCCAGAGUCGCUUAACUCGAUGGCAACACCUGUUUUCCCGACACGCUCUACGCCAUCGGUAAGAACUAUCGUUGAGAUUAAUAACGUUUUAUCCUUGUUGUCAGCCUCAACGACGAGCUGUUUGACCAUCGUAGGUCGUUGCAGGUACAACGUCAACUUUGAAGAUCCGAGAGCCUUCCAUUGUGCAUGCUGCUGUUGCAAGAAUACUUUGCACUUCAUCGAUGCAAGUACUGAGGACUCUACAGGCCCCUUAGGUAUCUGAUCUACCGGCGACGUUGGAGGGCUGUCAUCAAGUCCAAACGCAGGCGCGGCUGAGGAGAUACGUGGUAAAGCAGCCGACGGCAGCAUGGGUCGUAAGUGUCCUCCACUAGGACCCUGCUCACCAUACGAAUUCUCGCGCCUCGGGAGGAAGUUAUUCGGUAUGUUUGGUACGGGAGGGGCAGAUCUUGGAGACGGUUGAUACUGGUCAUGUUGUGAUCCAAUAGAAUGUAAGGAGGGCGUCUUGCGUAGACCAGCCUGGAAGGAUGGGUCUGACGAUGGUCGACCAGGAUAGGCAAAUGGCAUUCCCGGGUGUGGAGGCAUGUGUUGAGGAUGAUUCGGGACUUGUCCGGGACCAUACUGCCCAGGCAUCGGUCCUUGACCAGGGAGGAUCGCUCCAGGACCGGGACCUCCCAUAAGUGGUCGCGGAGCAGCCAAAGAACCACUCCGCUGCGGCGGCCCAUUAACAAGACCCAUUGGUGGCGGUCCUCCACCCAUACCAUUCAUUGGGGGAGGACUCAUACUGUUCAUUGGUGGAGGACUCAUCAUACCUCUUGGAGGUCCAUUCAUGCCGUUCAUCGGAGGUGGGCUCAUAACUCCCCGUGGAGGGGGCAUUCCGCCCAUAUGUGGUGGCGCACGGCUACUUUCAGAACGCUGGGGUGGAAUGAUUUGACCAGGAGUGAAAGACGGGGGCCCAGGGAAAGGACCAUCCCUCAUAUUGGGACGUGCAGGAAGACCAACAGGUCCUCCACCUGGCGGGGGCAUUCCACCACGAGAACUUUCGCCUCUUGGAGGAGGAAUAAACUGGCCGGGUGCAAACGAAAGAUCUUGAGGACGCGGGCCAGGUGGGGAAGAUAGUUGUGGAGGUGGGCUAGCCAAGUCAUUCGUUGGAGAGUAAGGGGGAGGUCCGCCCUCCUGAAUACUCGGUGAAUGACUUCUAGGUUCCGAACCGCGUCGACUAGAAGCGCUAGAAAAGGUGUGAAAAGAGUCUAUUCUACGCGUCGAAGGGUCGCUCGCAGCAGGCGAAGGAAUUGGACUGGCAUUGGCACUUCUGGGUGGUGAGAAGGAAGUGCUGGGCGUAUCGCUUGGAUAUCGGGCUGAUGGUGCCUUUUCAGAAGAAGGCAAGCCAUUUAGGGAGGGUACCGGCGGAACAGGUUGUUUUGAAGGAGGUGGCACUGAAGCUGCUUGUUCCGCAGUUGACUUGAAUUCCUUCAGUAUACUAUCCCUCUUUGCCAUCGAGUCGAAGUGCAGACGCAUAACCUCCUUUUUCAGUAUCGUGACCUCUAUAUCAGUAUUGUCAAAAGGAGCGACUCGGACAUGCUUGGCAGCUAAAGGAGGGUAACAUAACCACAUGUCGGUAGCUUCGGCUUCGCGAAGCGCACGAUCUUCAAAAUUCAUCCGCUCACAGAUGAGAAAAAGAUCCGUAAGGAGGAAGACGUGUCCUUGCCGGUGGAUCACUUCAACAUUGGUGCUUUUCGGAGUGAAAUAAAUUGAUGUAUCCUCAGAAAGUUUCAGUUCUCGAGUGUAUGGUAGGCCUGGAGAGUUCAUGGACAAACGAACGCUCCUCGCAGUCAUAGUAAAUAAAUCACGGCAACGUUCAGUUGAUAAUCGUCGCUCUAGGUCCGUCAUAGACAUCGGCAAUGUUGUAACUGACGUUCUUCCUUCUGAAGUUAUGGUGGUAUCACGAGAAGAACGUUGUCCGCUGGAUAGACUACUCCCUCUAGUAGAGCUAUCGAAGCUAGCUCGCACGUCUCGUUGCUCUUGCAGUUGAAGUGUUCCCUCGCUACGAUCGUGCACUGGAACUGCAGGGCUUUCAGGGAACGGUUCUUGGGCAUCUACGGCGUUAACUCGGGUGUCGAUAACAACUUCAUCCGUAGUUUCAACCAUCGGAGUAGCGUCAGGCAGAGAUAUUCUCGAUCGCUCCUCAAUGACCGUCAGAAGGUUCUCCAACCUCCCAACACCUUCAAUGAGUUUUUGAUCCGUCGACUUCCCUGGAGCAGAAGUCUUCAGUAGUCGUCCGUAGAGCUUUUGAUAGUAUCUAAUCCGUAUACGAGGGAGUGAAAGGAGAGUAUCAAGUGUCCAAACGGGAACAUGCGGAGGAGGAAUUGACGCGGAGAAGGCAUCCAUAAUCGACGGCAAACGCUGGUUAGUCUGUACUGGUUCCCAGGCAUCAAAUCCAGAAAGGUACGAGGAACAAUAUUUAGUAUAUGGCGAGUCUAGCUGAUCAAUCCAUUUCAUUAGUAAAUCACCGAUCGCACGCGGCGAGGACGGGUUUGGACCUAUUUCUUUGAGCUUUGUAAGAAAUGAUCUGUUUGCCUUAAAAAUAGCUUCGAUAGAACGAAACAUCAUGUCCAGCUCUGGCGGAGGGAGAUUCGAUCGAGACCAUGCUGCUGCCACUUUCUGUAUUAUCCCCGACAACGUGUCAACGUAAGUCUUCUCUGUCUCGAGGAGAUCCACGAAGGGGUUGACUUUCUUCGUUCGGACACCCUCUGCCGAGGAGGCAUUUGGAGAGGGCGGCUGGAGCAUAGCGGGUGACCUGGGGGAGAAGGAAGGGGAUUCGACACUUGGAAGCGGAGCAUCACGGGGAUGCAGAGGUUCUGCUGAAAAUUGAUCAUUCGCAUUUGAGAUCUCCUGAGAGGAGACCCGUCCCUCAUCAAGUGGACUUUUUGGCGGUGGAGGCGGGGGCGGGCCUCCAGCAGCUCGGAGCGGAGACGGCGGAGGAAGGGGCAGAUCAUCGCGUCCGAUGACAGGAGGGAGUGCCUUCGAUUUUGUCAACGCGAGGCUGGCGGUACUUGCCAUGGGGCAGAGCGGGAAUAGAUAUCACAGUCAGCGGCAGUCGUGGUCCGCACAGGGGCGGCGCUGAGGUGAACGUGCUUGGUCGGUUUGCUUGCAGUUGCAGAGUGUUACGCGCCCAAAAGUACGCGCUUGGCACAGGCAGCUACUCUGUUCGGCUGGCCUCGGCCCUGAGCUCUGUAUGGAAGGCAGAUCCCACAUUUUUCUCAUCCGCUUCGGUCCGGCCAUGCGUCCUCAAGUGCCCGAGUCAGCCAGCCUGCCUCUCAGUAUCCGUCCAUCUGUACUAUAUCGUAUGCCAUUCGCUUCAGGCGCUGGUCUCUGUUGUCGACGCAUCGUCGGCUUGUUCCGCUCGUUCCGGCCAUCCACGUCGUUUCACCAACUUAGACAAUUUGCAAACCAAGCAACACUCCUCAAGCGCAGUCCCUCACCUGUUCCUCGUGUUAUGGAUAAAUCCUUCGGAAACUUCGACCUCGUGAAACGCAUCAAGCUAGAUUCAACAGAUGUCACUGUCACCAAAUGGCGGAGCAGAAUAACAGGCCUGAGCAUCGUCCAUCUUGAAUACGAUUCGCCGAUUGUCAAGGGAUACUUCGCCGUCGGUACAGAGAUCUUCAAUGAUAGUGGCUGUCCCCACACUCUUGAACACCUCGUGUUCAUGGGUUCCAAGAAAUAUCCGUAUAAAGGUAUCAUCGAUCAUCUCGCUAAUCGCGGUUUCUCCAACGGCACGAAUGCAUGGACUGCCGACGACUACACUUGUUACACAGUAGAGACUGCUGGCAGCCAAGGCUUCUUACAAAUCCUGCCUAUAUAUGUGGACCACAUUCUAUUUCCGACGUUAAAGGAUUCAGCAUACAUUACUGAGGUUCAUCACAUAGAUCCUUCGGGCAAUGACUCUGGUGUUGUUUACAGUGAAAUGCAAGGCCGUGAGAAUACGCCAGGUGAUUUGAUGAAUUUACGCAUGAGACGUCUUGUCUAUCCAGCAAGCAGCGCUUACAGGAGCGAGGUCGGCGGUUUAAUGGGGGCAUUGAGAAAACUAGAUGUACAGCAGAUUCGAGACUAUCACGCAAAGUACUACGUACCGCACAAUUUGGCGCUAAUCGUCGCAGGGAAGCUUAGCGAAGGAACAAAAUCUCUCUUAUCUGUCGCCCAGGAGAGGAUCGAACCUACGCUCGUUAAGCACGGUUAUAACAAGGGUGCGCAUCCUCCAGGCUGGGACAGGCCAUUUGUAGACACCCCGUCUGCGUACCGAGAUCCCCUUAAGAGCCAGACUACAGUUGUGGAGUUUCCGGAGAAAGAUGAAAGCGUUGGUGAAUUGCUCUUUGUAUAUCAAGGUCCUGCGACAAGGGAUCAUUUGACGCGCAAGGCACUUGACAUUCUCGCUUCCUACUUGACUUCAUCUACGUUCGCACCGUUGAACAAGGAGUAUGUCGAACUCGAUAACCCCUUGUGCACUUACAUAUACUUUGACGAGGAGACACGGCCAGACUUUGUCGAUUUACCGGUCUACGUUGGAUCUGUUCCUAUGGAGCACCUUGACACAUUCCACGAAAGGCUCACAAAAAGCUUGAACAAGAUCGUGAAAGAAGGCAUAGACAUGAAAAGGAUGAAGAUGGUCAUAGACCGAGAUCGACGCCAGUUGCGGAGCAAACUUGAAAGUUCCAAAGGUGACACCUUCUCGAAUACGGUUAUAGAAGACUUCGUCCUAGGCGCUGAAGAUGGCUCAGACUUGCGACCUGCUAUGGACGAGAUGUCUCUUUUCGAUGAUCUUCGACAAUGGACCAGCAGUCAAUGGUCAGCAUUGAUCAGGCGAUAUUACAUAGAGUCACCGUGCGUUAUCAUCCAUGGCAAGCCCUCGGCCGCCCUUGCAGACAAGUUAGAAAAGAAUGAGAAGGCGCGAACUGAGGCUCAGAUACAGCGACUGGGACCUGCGGGACUCGUUGAGGCAAAGGAAAGGCUGGAGAGGGCUAAGACUGAAAACGAUGAGCCGAUCCCUGAGCAUGUCUUGACAGACUUCCCAGUGCCAGAUGUAUCAAGUAUUUCUUGGAUUCCAGUACAGAGCGUGCAGGAAGGAAGCUCUAGUUCUCCGAAACCGGGAAGGACAGAGAACUCGAAACUUGUUGAUCAUAUCAACGCCGACGGUCGCAACUUGCCUUUCUUCGUUCAAUUUGACCAUGUGCAGUCUGACUUUGUCAAGGUCCAUGCCCUGAUGUCUCUAGCGACCCUUCCGAAUCGGCUCCGCCCCUUUGUAACAGCUUACUUGUCGGCCUUCUUUUCCCUUCCGAUAACCACAUCGACGGGAGAACAACUCACACAUGAAGAGGUUGUCGCCAGGCUUGAUGACGAAACUGUGUCUUACGAGAACGAACUUGGAAUGCAAGCUUAUUUCGCAGAGACUCUUCGCGUAAGCAUCAGUGUCGAGAAGGACAAAUAUGAAGCCGCGGUUAGGUGGAUGAAAGAUCUGAUAUACGGUGCCGAUUUCGACAUUUCUAGAUUGCAAGUGACUUGUGCCAAAAUCUUGCAAAGUCUUCCAGAACUCAAGCGAGACGGAAACACUGUUUUGUCGGCUUAUUCAUCCGAGCUCCUUUACGACGAAUCUUCGACACCAAGGACUAAUGCCGUGCUUGAGCAAAUGCGGGCAGUACCAGGACUAGCCAAGAUGCUCCAGGAGAACCCAGAGGAUGUACGCAAGUAUUUUGAAGAAAUGCGGAAGCAUUUGACGGAUCCAUCUGGAAUGCGAUUUUCCGUCACGGGGAAUAUCUUGGACGUGCCUAAUCCACGAAGCGUUUGGUCUAAAUACUUUGGCAAUCUGAUCCCUAAUACACCCCUUUGCCCGAUUAAACUCGCUAACGAAACUUUGAGUCUGGUUGGUCGUAAUCCCCAGAAGAAAGCUAUCGUCGUCAGCCUCCCGACAAUCGAGAGUUCUUUUGCUACACAUACUGCAAAGGGAAUCAAAGGCUUUGAGAACCCUGAAUUUCCGACCUUACGACUGGCGCUCGAGGUACUGAAUGGUACUGAAAGCUUCCUUUGGCGUUUCAUCCGAGGAUCGGGUCUGGCAUACGGUGCAUCGGUUGGUUGUGAUCUGGAAGCAGGGUUACUGAACUUUUCUCUAUAUCGGACUUCAAACAGUUUGCAGGCUUUCCGUGAGGCGGCCAAGGUAGUCGAAGGGCUCGUAAAAAAGACGAUACCUCUCGAAGAUACGACCGUUGAUGCGGCUAAAAGCACGAUUGUUUACAAUGUAGCGAAUGGGGUGUCUAAGCCUGGCAGCGCAGCUAUCACGUCGUUCGUCAAUCAAGCGCUGAAGAACGUGAGCCAAAACUACAAUCGAGAGCUACUCGAGAAGUACCAAAAAGUGACAAAGGGAGAGAUCCUCUCCAUGCUCGAGAAGUACGUUUUGCCACUCUUUGACCCAGCAACGUCGGUCGCAGUCGUCGUGGCUGCGCCGGGGAAAGUCGACAACACAGAGGAGGGCCUUCGUGAGCUCGGAUUUAAUGUUGAGAAGACCGCACUUGAGGUGUCUCCUGAAGAGAUGGAAGACUCCGACAGUGAAGGGUCAGAGACUGGCUCCGAUUACAAAAGCGACGGACGAUAACAAUGAGCUAUGUUGUCGCCGUUAUAGAUGCGACUAGAUACUACUACAAUACAUCGUAAUGCUAAUUUGUUUGUGGGUGGGACUAUCGUGUCUCAUGUGCACUA